AUGUCCGACACAUCAGUGCCCACAAUAGGCUAUUAUAGGAUCCGUGGUUUGGCUCAACCCAUAAGGCUAUUGCUGACCUAUAAGGGCGUAAAAUUCAUCGACAAAUUCUACGGUAAGUCUGGGGCCAAAGAUUUUGACGAAUUUACCGGCGUAUGGUUUGCCGAAAAAACGACCCUGGGCCUAGACUUUCCCGGCAUACCCUACUAUAUGGAGGGCACAUUAAAACUGACCCAGAGCACGGCAAUCAUGCGCUACUUGGGCCGCAAACACGGUCUGACAGCCACCGACGAGACCGGACUCGUACGCCAGGACCUGUUGGAGCAACAGUUGACCGACAUAUGGAUGUCAUUCACGUACGGCCUGUUGUUUAAUAAAGACUACGAGACGUUAAAAGUGCAAUAUUUGUCCGAAACACUGCCCCAAGUGUUGGGUCGGUUGUCCCGAUUUUUGGGCGCUCGGCAGUGGUUUACCGGUAAUUGUAUUAAUUAUGUAGACUUCUGGGCGUAUGAAGUGUUGGAUUGGUUACGACUGUUCAGUACCGGUGCUGUCAAUGAGUACCAGAAUUAA